AUGGACCUUCUGCCGGACGUCAACGAGGCGAUGGAUCAGGCCAUGAAUGAGAUGAAAUUCGAGACUGAAUUUCCACUUUCCUCGUUCAUUUCGUUGGUCGGCUUCUUUCUUGUCCUCUCUGUUGAGCAGGUGGUUCUCUCUCACCGAGAGUCUCGCAGUACAAAUCAGACCGCUCGUGUCCAGAAUAUUGCCCAAUUGUCGGACCAGGCGGUGGAGAGUAAAUGGCGCGCAUUGCUACGGCGAUCGGCUCGUCUGCCAUCGUCACAGGCGCCAGUCGACCGGGACGGACCAGCCCGGUUGUCCUUGCCGGGCGGUACCUUCCGCUCUGUCUUCCGGCCGACUCGUGGUAACUCACUGAUGAGUCGUCGUGGCCUGAUCGAGGACGAGGCGACCAGCCAGACGACAACACCGCCCGCCCAGACACAAGAUCGCCAACGACCCUUCUUUCCACCCUCGCCGGAGCCCGUCAGUCCCCAGGCCAACGGCAGCCUCGACAGAAACCCAUCUCAAGCCUACAAUCCCUUCCGACAAUCGGACGCCACUGGCUACAUCAGUCCGGCCAACUUUUCGGACGAUCGUCAGCACACUUUUUCUUUCUUCCACGAUCACCCCACCUACGAUGAUGAUCACCAUCAGCAUCUUCAUCAUCUCCACCACGACCCGGAACACUAUCACCAUCACCGCCACCACCACCACCAGCAUGGCCAUAACGCGAACCCUGAGGUCGCCAAUUCCCCGGUUUUUCGGGUUGUUCUCUUGCUAGUCGCCAUGUCAUUGCAUGCCGUCUUCGAGGGCCUAGCAGUUGGUCUGCAGGACUCGGUACAACACACGAUCACGCUGUUCUCUGCAUUGGCUCUGCACAAGUUGAUCAUGGCGAUCGGAAUUGGCGUGAAUCUGGCCACUGUGCACAGUCAUCCCGGACAUUCGUCGACGGGUCCACACGCCAACAGUGAAACCAGACGACACAGCCAUAUUGCCGAGUUCGAGUCCCGUCCAUCCGAACUCGGAUUGCCGAGUGGUGGCGAGCGUCACUCCUCUGAGGCGCCGCUUCUCGACCAGCCUCGUGGGGACGACGAGACCGGCGAAGCGAAGAGCUCGCACAACGUCUUCCCCUCAUGGCCCGGUCCCCAUGGCGACCGUUCUGUCGGUCCGAGUCAGUCGACUUCGCGGGGUUCCGCGAAGAAGCGCAGCCUUCACGAUCUGCGCAUGAAGGGCCUCGCCUGCCUCGUGUUUGCCAGCGCCUCUCCGAUCGGCGUCCUGGUCGGCUGGGGUCUGAUGCAGCAGCAUCAGUCUCCCGGCCUUCUCUUAUCCACUGCCGUGCUUCAGGGCCUUGCCUGUGGCACCUUCUUUUAUGUCGUCUUCUGUGAACUUCUGCCCGGCGAAUUCCACGGCGGCGCCGGUUCGAUUCACCACGAUCGUCUGCCAAAGUUGUCCUUUCUCAUGUUCGGCUUUCUGCUGAUCGCAGUCUAUCUCUACUUCCAACCCGGCUGA